UCUGAACCUAGAGUUUGAACUCAAAUAUCUUUUAGAUGGACUCUCAGUUUUCCUGCAGCAGGGAUUACGAUUGCAACUCCUGAGCAUGAGCACCAUGCCACUGCAUCGUGCUUCUGGAAUAUUUGUAUUCCUCAGUGGAUGUCUGAUUUCCUUCACACUGCCUUGUGAUGGAGGAAACAUUCUGGUGUUCCCAGUGGACGGCAGCCACUGGAUCAAUAUGAAGAUCUUGCUGGAAGAGCUUCAUGCCAGGGGACACAACAUCACCGUGAUAAGGUCCUCCACCAGCUGGUACAUCCCAGAAAAGUCUCCUCUCUACACAUCCCUUACUCUAGAAAUUGAAGAAGGUUUAGAGGACUUCUUUGAAGUGUACAUACAGGAGCACAUGAGGGCGCAGAGAGAGGGGGCCUCUGCACUUACUUUCUUCAAACUCACCAAGGACUUCCUCUCUAUGAUUUCCAGAGGCCAUUCAAUAUUGGCUGAAAGCCUGGUUCAAAUCUUCAAUGAUGAACAGACAAUCAAAAGCUUAAUAGAUUCCCAAUAUGAUCUUGUUCUUACCGACCCGGCUGUGGCAGCCGGGGUUAUACUCGCCAAGUACCUCAAACUGCCCACAGUGCUCAAUGUGCGCUGGAUCACCAGCGGAGAUGGCCACUUCGCGAUAGCUCCCUCACCACUGUCUUACAUCCCAGUUCCAGGAUCGGGCUUUACAGACAAAAUGAAUUUCAUCCAGAGGGUCAAGAACAUGCUGUUCUACAGUAUCAUAGUGCUCCAGCAGAAAUUCAUGGUGGGCCCAAGCUAUGAUGGCAUCUGUGAAAAAUAUAUCGAGGGUGGUUGUGACAUCAUAUCACUUCUACAGGAAGCAGAUAUUUGGCUGUUCAGAUCAGAUUUUGUGUUUGAUUUCCCACGGCCCACGAUGCCAAACAUCAUCUACAUAGGAGGGUUCCAGUGCAAACCAGCCCAGCCUCUGCCGGCAGACCUGGAGGACUUUGUUCAGAGUGCUGGGGAGCACGGAGUGAUCAUCAUGACUCUGGGAACUUUGGUUAAUGCUUUGCCCAAAGAAGUUGCUGAUGAAAUUGCCAGCGUCUUUGCCAAGAUGCCUCAGAAGGUGAUUUGGAAACACAAAGGAGAGCGUCCCACUACUUUGGGCAACAACACCCUGAUAGUGGACUGGAUGCCACAGAAGGACCUCCUGGGCCACCCACAGACCAAAGUCUUUAUUGCUCACGGCGGGACCAAUGGAGUCCAGGAGGCCAUCUACUACGGGGUGCCUGUGCUUGGAAUACCCUUGUUCUUUGACCAGUAUGACAACCUUCUCCGCCUGCAGGAUAGAGGAGGUGCGAAGAUCAUUCAGCUCGGUGACGUGAACGGCCACAGUUUUGAGCAAGGUAUCAACGAGGUGCUCCAUCAGGACAGCUACAGACAGAACAUGCAAAGACUGUCACGCUUGCACAGAGAUCAGCCAAUGGCACCCAUGGAUCAGGCCAUCUACUGGGUGGAAUAUGUGAUGUGCCAUAAAGGGGCUCCUCACCUGCGUACAGAGGCCUAUAAGAUGGCCUGGUACUCGUACUACUGUUUAGAUGUACUGCUACUAUUACUGACUGCAGCGAUUGUGCUGCUGCUCUCCACUUUGGCCAUGUUCAGGUUCCUGUGCUGCAGAAGUAGAAGAAAGACCAAAACCAAAUAAAACUGAGGCCAAAUUCAUUUAGACGCAAGCUACAUUAAGUUCUGUAAAGCACCAUAUUGAGACAAAAACAUAGAUCUUAAUGUGUGUCAUUUGGUAUCCCAAUCUUCUGUAAAAGUAAUAUAGCCCCUUUUCGGUUUAGGUGGCAUACAUAUUUGGACAAUUUUAAGAAUAUGAAGGCAUUUGAUAUUAAAAAGUCCAACAAAAAAGGGGUGGCCAGUGUUUUAUACUUAGCUGAGUUCUGUACUUUCAUUAGCCCUAAUGUUUCCAACAAUGUUUAAACCCAGAGAAAGGGACAAGUUUACAAGUUUACAAGGUAACACAGGUUUUUAAUUUGGUCACCUUUUGGUACUUCCGUGAUGGGGAAAUCGGCAAACAAGACUAUUUCCCUCCAUUUCAUUUCAUUUUGGUUAAAACAAACAUAUACAUAUCCAAAUCUCAAAGAAAUUACCUUUGUUUGCUAUCACUCCUGCAAAUGUGGAUAUCAUAGACAUAAGUGCUUAUAACAAUGACUCACAAUACACUGAACACUUGACUCCUGCUAUCUAUAACUUUAUCUCUAUUUCAAAGAUGUCUUGGCCUCACAUGUUCACUUUACAGCAGAGGCUUUUGACCAAAUCUUAGGGUUUUUGUAAAGUAAUGCCAACCAAAUGCCACCAGAGGAGAAAUCAUAAUGAUUUUCUAAUAUCAAGAUACUAAAAACCCUUAGGGAAACAGAUGUAGCAGGUAUAAGUAAUAAUUAGUUAUUGUACAUACUACAUGUACAAUAUUGCAGUGUUUUCCUUGUGAGGCUCGUGUUAAGUGGCUGUAAGAGAAACAGCAAAGCCAAUCCCAACAUAAAGAACACAUGUCUGUAAUGUUACCAGGGUGCCGCGGGCAACUCUUUAUGGAAAAUUUAAAGAUUGAUCAUGCCCUGCUUUUUAUUCUUUGUAUAUAGAUCAAUCCAUGUAAAUGACAUCAUCUUCUAAACUAAAAUCAGUGCCAGUGAGAAGACAAACCUUAAAAUGACAACGGAAAAUCCUACGAUUUUAGAUAAUAGAUCACAUUAAAACCAUUUCCUUUUCCUGAACAGUCAAGAAACAGAUUUAUGAAACAAUCUGUGGCUAGAAAGGAAGACUCUCUCUUUGAUGAAGCAUCAACCCAUAUGGUUUUGAUUUUACAAGAUGAGUAAGGUUUUCUUAAAUCCAUCGACGAGCUAAAUUACAUUUCACUUGCUUGCACCGCUUGAGACUUCUCAGCUUGCUGAUGAGGAAAAGCAAAUCUGCAACAGCAUCCCGAGGUACGGAGGGAGCGAGGUGAUUUAUGGGGCCCGGGACAAAUUAAGUUUAACAUGUGAAGCAAAAGAAGGACAGUGAACGCAGCAGGAGAGAGAAGAAUUAUGUGUGUUGGUGUAAUUGCAUGUGUGUACAGUUAUCCAUGAUUCUAAAAGUGUUAUUGAUGAUUGUUUUUUUUCUUCUUCUUACAAAUAAAAUGUGUUUUUGCUUU